CGCUCGUGCUCUUUCAAGACCUACAGUUAGUCUCGGGCGACAGGGGUCGGGAGAUUACCUGCCAAGGACCCCUAUUCCACUCCCUCCCCCGACACACAUAUUUUACAAAUAUUCUCAAUAUUCCCUGCCUCAUUGCUACUAGUCACCGGAAGUCCGUAAGAGCUGGACGGUACUAUUGAGCAAGGUCAACGUGUUUCUCCUGGUUCUAGCUUCGCUAUUCCAGUCUCUCAACGUCCGCUUUUGGCUCGGCCCGUCAAAUCCCUCAGCCAUGCCUUUUCUCCAACUAAAAUGGCUCAUAGUACUCGGAGCCUUGAUCACUUCCUCGCCUGCGGUCGAGUUUGACUUGGUGUUUCCUCGAAGCGAUGCCUCAUACUCACCAGCCGAGUCGUUCCCAUUCGUCUUUGCUGUGCAGAACACGGAAAGGGCAGAGCUUCUCAACCUCCAGUUAUCCUACUACAUUUACAAAAGCAAUGACGGGCUGAAUUUUGAUAACCAAUUAUCUAUGGUCCAUGAUUUCUCGUGGACAAAUUGGUCGGGCAGCGCAGACCCUUACUUCGUCUACGACUACUUCGACAACAGCUUUAACACAUCCGGUCGUUGGUUGGUUCAAUGGAAGCUGAGCUGGGAAAGCUGCAAUGUGGAAGCGCUGACCCACCGCCAUGAUAGUGAUGGAGUCUCUGAACACUACUACCAUUGGACGGCGGGCUUCUAUAUCAACAAUUCCAGUCUCAAGGAGGUGGACCUUGUCGCAGCUACCGCAAAUAAAAGCUGCCCCGGAAGCCCCAACGGAAUCGUCAUCAAUGUGACCGAUACAGUCAUGAGUUCUCCUUCGUGGCUCAACUGGGCACACCGGGACACAUGUGUCGUUACUGAAAACACAACUGCCAGUCCUACAACCUCUACCCCGGACCCAUGUCGCAUUGCGAUAGACGAGGAUACGGCCGAGAGCAUGGCUGCCGCUCAGCAACAGCGCUUCUGCUACCUUCCGGUUCCCCCUGAUAACUGUCCUAAAGAGGAGAAUGGGGCUACACAAUCGGCUAUACUCGGUGUAUGUGGAAUGCUAACUGUAAUUGGAGCUUUGGGCCUUGCCAUCUUGUAAAUAGAUAUUUUGCUGAUGUGUAGCUCGGGCCAACAUGGAUAAACUUUCUUCGUGCUUACGCCUAUCGUCUUUCAAAAGCACCAAGGAAUCGAUAGUCAGCAGCAUAUCUUUGGUGAAAAUUACAUGAUUCUCUUGAAACUCACCGCAACUAUUCAAUAACGAUAGAACAUAAAGGGUA